GAUACACCUGUUUGUCAGGUAGCAGCGCCACAGCGGAGCACUGAGUCACAAUGAGAUAGGAGGAGAAUGGACGGAAAAAUUCCAACUCUUUGACGUCGUUUUUGGCCUUUUUUGCUAUAACGUCACUGAACUGAGCUCUUUUCGCUUACAAUGCGUCGACUGCUCCACGGGAAUACGGCUCUGAACAAAGUUUUGCUCUUAUACUUGACGGUCUCGUUCGUGCCCAGUUUGGUGUGGUCCAUCACAGUGAGCAGCCCGGCAGAGCUCCAUGCCUCUAAAGGGGAUACAGUCACCCUCUCCUGCACCUUCACCUCCGACAGCCCCCCCACCAGCAGAAUGUCUGUGGACUGGUCGUAUAGGCCUCAGAGCGGAGGAGAACCGCGAUCUGUUUUCCACUUCGCAUCCCGAGCGUUCCCACCCAUGGAGGGGCAGUUCACCGGUCGUAUAAAGUGGCAGGGGAGCCCGGCGCGCGGUGAUGCCUCCAUCGCUCUCAUUAACGCCACGCUCCAAGAUAACGGGACUUAUACGUGCACCGUCAGAAACCCCCCUGAUGUACAUGGCGCAGUCACGUCCCACUCUGUGCUCACAGUCACACUGAAAGCUCAGAGCAUUCGAUUUUCUGACGUGACACUGUUGCUGGCUUUCAUCCUCCUCCCCUCCGGUCUUCUCACCUUCUUUCUGAUUGGUCGGAUCCUCUGUCCCAAGAAGAAACACAGCCAAUCAAAAUCCUUCAGAUCACCCAUAGAGGUCACGGAGGGAGAGGAGUACCCCACGACCCCUGCAGGAGAGACAGUGCGGAAAGCCACGUGCUAUGAGCUCUGCUUCAUGGACUCUGAUCAUGAAGAGGACUAUUAUUAUAACUCAAAAAAGAGGCCGUCUACAAUGGAGGAACAGUAUGAAGAGUCCAAGUGCUAGAGAACCCUGCUGGUCAAUGAGCGCAACUACAUCUUCGGACCUUUAGACAAUGAGACUUAUUUGAAGGUGCACUAUAUCACUUUUCUAAAGAGAUGUGAGUGCUUUGUCUGAAAUGUUUCACAGUAUGGCAUUACACAAGAAAGUGACACCACCAGGCCAAGUUACAGGUCAGAUUUAUAGAGAACCAUAAUGCAUUUUUUUCCCAGGGAUUUUUAAGCAAUAAACUCUCAUUUAAUUGGGGAAAAGCUAGAUAAACUAGUUUGAUGUUAUGCUGUGGAGGAUUUAAGCACAAGCAAUUUCAUCCCAUUCCAUGGAGACAGCUGAAAAGUUACACAGUGCACCUUUAUAUCUAAUGCUGGAAUCUUCCUUUGUCUUCCUCGCCAAAACAAAGCUAGCGAUAGCAUUUACAUUUUUAUAACCAAAUGUCUUCCUGAAGGGUUGUUUAUUUGCCUCUAGAGCAUUUUAAUUAUGCAUUUCCAGCUGUAUUUAAAGAUAUGUUAAUAUUUUCCUCUGGGCAACAGGUCUUGACAAAACCAGUUUACUUUUUUGAAAAACAUUAUUCCCUAUUAUUUAAGGCACAGUAGGUAUAAUAUUUUCAUUUCUGCUACAAGCUUGUUUUUUCACUGACACUUUAUGCAUCUAGUACCAAAUAAGCAGUAAUAUGUUUGAAAUCUUGAUAAUUUACGUUGAACUGCAUUUGAAUGCCAUAUUGUGAAGGACUUUUUGUAAUUUAUUGCCAUGGCUAAAGGCUGUAUGAAUUCUGUUAAGUAAUGGUACAUUUCUGUUGUACAUCUUUUGUGAAGAUAUUAUAAAAUCUAUAAUUAUUCAACUAUUGACUACAUACUUUGUAAAUAGUUUUAGUAUGCAGUUUUUCAUACAUUCAUCAUUUUAACCACUCAUUUACAGUUUGUUGUGGGACAUUGUAUUAUACAGCUGCAGCUCUGAGUGAGUUUUGGUUAUGGUUGCACAGCUUGCUUUGCUAAUUAAAAUUUUAAGUUAUGUUUUUGCCUAAAUAAAUACUUCAUGACAUACUGUA